UCGUGUCGCGCGAAUGUUACGUAACAACUUUCACCGGUUCGAAAAUUUUCGAAAGACGCGAUAGUGUAGGCGUGUAAGUACGAGACUCAAGGCAUCGUACAAAGACCAGUUUACCGACUUUCUCCGACAUCCUCUCGCUUUCGUUUGCCGGUUUGUCGGUCGCCCGGCCCAUUGUUCCGAUCGUUCCGUACGAUUCACCGUCAGUCGACCUUCCGCGGCGAUCGAGAACUUUACAACCGCGAAUUUUUAAAAAGUUGCAGGAUGAGAUUGUGGGCGUUUUUAUUACUCGGCGUAGCCGGGAGCAGCGUCGCGACUAUGAUUCCCAUAGACACCCCAUCCUCGUUGCGUUUGGAUACAGGGAAACCGGAGUGGUCCUGGCAAAGCGAGGACCUUCCAUCAGCCAGCGGACCAGGGAACAAAAGAGAAGUGCCAGAAACGAGCGCGAAUACGAAUGCAGAGUUAAUCGUCGAAGAAAAUGCCCAACCAUCGGUGGAAUCCGUGAUCGAGGAAAUUCUCGUUUCUAAUCGACAGGGUCGCAACAUCGAGGGCUACGAUCAAAUAUAUUCCGACCCCAACGUGAAGAACGCCCUUCAACUGGGGAACGAUACGAUCGCCAGAUCGUACAUCAGAGAUAAACUAUGCUCCCUGGGAUUAAUGAACUGCGAGAAUGUCGAAGGACGUCGACCUUACUACUCUCCCCAUCGCGGUAUACAUCCUCAGGAUAUAAUUUACGCUCAACCUGUCACAAUCAAGCCAGUCGGAAGACCAUUGCCAGCUAUCCCGGUUAAACGACCCUACGGAGUUUCCCUAAAACCUGGCCCACCCUCUCCUGGCUUUAUCUCCUCCGGACCACCCUCGGAAGUGAUCUACGGAUCAGCAGGAGCGGCGCAUCCACCGAUUUCGCAUUUCCCCCCAGGUUUAAUUGGUUCCUACCCCGGGUUCAAGAAACCGGGCCCGAUUCCGUCGUUCGGAUCGAAGCCGGUGUACGAAUCAGGGUUGUUGAACGAAGGAUUCAGCUACGACGGCAUCGACAAGAAACAAAUCUCGCUGAGACCUUCCCUUGGUACCGAGGCAGUUCAACAACACGUUCAUCAUCAUUAUCAUCACCCGGAGGGCGCGGGUGGAUCCUCCUUCGUGCCGAGCACGAUAGGCCAGGGUGCCAGUUACGGAGCCGUUGGGACGAGCUUCGAAGAGGUUUCUAACGCCGGUGGCUUCCAAGAUUUCGAUGAUUAUAAAAAGGCGUUCAAAGUGAAAGGAACGAGCAACGAUGGAAAUGGUUUGAGUGGUUCCGUCUCGACGAACAAUUAUGCCGAACAGUAUCCCGUUUACGAGAAGCCAGCACGAGACUUUUCCUUCGGUAAAGCAGACGCUCAGAAGACUGGCAAGUACUUUUCUCCGGGCAAUUAUGUCUCUUCGAACGCGGUACAGAGUAGCGUUAAUGAUUACACUGCUUCCGGAUCGGCGAACAAUAAUUAUUUCAACUCUUACGGUAAUGGUAACAAUAAUGGGAAUUUUGGAAACGAUUUCUCCGCGGGCUUUGCCUCCGACUGCGUUUGCGUGCCAUACGAUCAAUGCCCUGGAGAACACGCUGGACGUAAAGACGAUCUUUUCCUACCAAUCGAUCCCCGUAAUUUAAAUAAGAAUAUCGAAUCGGAGAAUGCGGAGGUGGUUGUAAAUGGAACAUCUACGAUCGUCCGGGUGGCGAAGAGUACCGAGAUCGAUUCGAACGCUUCUUCGGAAAGCACUGGACAGGAGGAGACAGAAUCGCAGGGAAAUGUGAGGAGCAAGAGAGGAACCGACGAAUCUGAGAACAUCGAGGGCAGGAAGAAGAGUAACGGUGAAGGGAGACUCGAUGCUAGCGAUCUGGACUCUUCGAAAUUAAACCUCAAGCCAACCUGGGGGAUCAGUUUCGGUCUACCUCAAACCGGUGGUUCGUACCCGAUAGGUCCUCACGGUGACAAUGUCCUGGUAAAUCCGUACAGAGGGUACGGUACGGCCGAUCAAGGUAUAAAUUUCGGCCUGGUUUCCGUGAAUCCUCUGCUAGCCGUACAAUUCACCAAAGACGAGUACGGCGAGAAGGUGGUAAAACCGUUUGUCAAUCUCCACGUGACGCCUAAUCAGAAUCUCGUUCAGAAACUCGGUCAUCUGCUGUCACAAAAGAAGGAAACGCUGUUCGAUAAUUACGGGAAUAACUACGCGCCGCAUUACUAUCCCUCGAAACCAGUCGGGUUUCACGAAAAACCGUACUACGUGAAACCUCCUCGUUAUCCCCCUCAUCACUAUAACGGCCAUCACGAGACACCUUAUCCUCAUCACCACGAAUACUCCGAUUACUAUCGUGGCGACGACGACGAUUACGAUUACGAUUACGACGAGAAUUAUCACGGUUCCGCGCGUAGCAACGGUAACAAACAGUCCACAGGGAAAGUAUCAUUUCCGAGCCGAAGAAAACGCGAGGUGCAAUUAUCGAAAGAUGUAACCGAGAGACAGUUCCUCGGCGCUCCACGAGCUUGCGGGCCCGGUUACGUUUGCUGUUCGAAGAGGCAACCGAUGAGGAAACCACAGCCUGGACAGUGCGGAGUUAGAUACACACAGGGUAUCAAUGGAAGAAUAAAAACUCCUUCGUACGUCGAUGGAGAUGCUGAAUUCGGCGAAUAUCCAUGGCAAGUUGCCAUUCUGAAGAAAGAUCCAACGGAGAGCGUCUACGUCUGCGGAGGAACUCUCAUUUCCUCUCGACACAUCCUCACAGCCGCUCACUGCAUAAAAACUUACGCUCCUCGAGAUCUCCGGGUCCGACUCGGGGAAUGGGACGUAAAUCACGACGUCGAAUUCUAUCCCUACAUCGAACGAGACGUGGCAAGUGUCCAGGUGCAUCCGGAAUUCUAUGCAGGAACCCUUUACAACGAUAUCGCGAUACUUAGGAUCGAUCACGACGUCGAUUUCCAAAAGAAUCCUCACAUCAGCCCUGCCUGUUUACCGAACACACGCGAGGAUUUCACGAGGAACAGAUGCUGGACGACCGGUUGGGGCAAAGACGCCUUUGGGGACUUCGGGAAAUAUCAGAACAUUUUGAAAGAGGUCGACGUGCCUGUAGUGAGUAAUCAAAUUUGCGAGCAACAAAUGAGAAGAACGAGAUUGGGUCCGGGAUUUAAUCUUCAUCCAGGAUUCAUUUGCGCCGGAGGAGAGGAAGGAAAGGACGCGUGCAAAGGAGAUGGCGGUGGUCCGAUGGUUUGCGAACGAAACGGUCGUUGGCAACUCGCUGGAAUCGUGUCCUGGGGAAUCGGUUGUGGACAACCAGGCGUUCCUGGUGUCUAUGCUCGCGUUUCUCAUUAUCUCGAUUGGAUACAGCAAAUCGUGAAUCGUUAUUAACAUCCCCAUACAACUUGCCCUGAUUUUUAUUUCAAUGUAUUAUAAGAACGCGUAAUUAUUUGCGAUAGUUCGUAAGUGUGUAUAAUUUAAUUCCAAUGUAUUUGUUUUCCAUUUAAUUUACACGUGGGAUAUAGAAUGGAUUAAUUAUUCUUGUUGAACGUGAUUCGAAAUGUAUUCGGAUCGUUGAGUAAUGCAUUUUAUUUGCAAUCUGUUUGUUAUGUAACUACAUUUUAAUGAACAAUAUGAAAUCCUGAUAAUUAAUUUUUUUAUUUAUUUCUUUUGAACUUUUCUUUUCUUUUUUUUUUUCUUCAAUCUGUUACUAAAUACUUAGACGAUCAUUUGACGUUAGUGAUUACUCCGUUUCAUAGUCGAAGGAGAAAAACUAACGAUUAAAGACUGCAGUGUUUAUCUAGACGUAUUAUUACUUAUAUAGAAUACGUUAUAUCAGUAGUUAUGAGCACUCGUAUGGACAGGGAUAUUUAGAAUUUAAGUAGGUUACGUACAUAAUAUGGAAUUCUAUAUCGGUAUUCGAUUCCUUAUGGAACACAAUUACUUUGACUAAUCACCCGUUAUGGUUUAUUUCGAUAAAUCUGCAAUGUAACUUGGCUUAUGGUAUAAGUAUAAUUAUUGUCAGUUAAAUAAGCAGUCGUUAAUAGUAUUCUAUAUUGGAUCGAAGUUAUAUGAUUUAGUUUUAAUUCACUGCGGUUAGGUACUUGUAGAAAUUCCUCUUUAGUCUCAUUUGCAUAACGAUUGAUGAAUAGAUGUUUUACAUCCCCUUAUUAAGGAGAUGCAUUUGAAGAAACAAUACAGUUUUACAUAUAGGAAUGGUGGAUA